GGUUUCGUGCGGUGCUCGCGCGAGCACCAAGUCCAAGUCCUAAACUCGCUUCGGAUAUAUUAUAGAUCGAUUUUUCCACUUAAACAUUAAGUAUAUAACAAAUCCACCUUGUCUACUCUAGAGACCUCCUCAGACUUGCCAGUGAGUGGACACUUAAAUAAUUAAAUAAAUAAACCAACUAUUUAAUUACAAUAAAUAAUUAUCGAUUUGACAGUGAUGUGUGCUAUUGGUGUUUAGUUCAUCUGAAACUUAGGAGGGUGGUGGUAAGAUCGUCUAUAUCGUCUAGAAGACGACAUUGUUAGUAAAAAUAAAAUGUCAUAUAUUUGGAUCGUGGUGGUAUUGGCCAAUGCGUGGGGAUCCGAUGAAAGUAGACACGGAGAUAUGUCUUCAAUGCCGGGAUACGAUCCGGGAAGAAGUCACUCAACAUUUUUAAAAUAUAUGUCCAUAUCAAGGGUGAUAUUAUUCAUGAUAAAUCUUCAUAUCACUGACGUUAAUUAUCUUGUCGUUGAACCUGUUUCCAAUCACGAUACUAAUGGAGCAAAAGAAAAUUAUCUAUUCCUACUUUAGUUACCUCACAUGAAUGUGCUAAAAAAAAAAGCCAUUGGUGGGACUCGCUGCAGGCAGGCAGGCAGGCGACAAGAAGGGUGUUUUAAGGUGGUGUACUUGGGGGGUGGUGAUGGUGGCAGUGUCGGCGGCAGUGGCGACGUUGUGGUGGUGGUCUUUUGCUGGUGGAGCUUUUAGUUCUCUCACAAUCAGCAAAACCAACCCCUGUAACUAGCUGCACCCUCUUCUACCCACUUGCCAGCCGUACCAGCAGCAGUAGUUGUAGUAAAAGUGAUGGCUGCCUGAAAUGGACCGCGUUUAUUGACCAAUUUUAUUGUUAACUUAUUAACACUUUAUCCUUGUGAUAAUACACUGAUUACAAUAAUAUUUUUCUAGGUUAAAAUGAUUUCUAGUGAUUUUCAGGGCGUGCCGUGCAUCCAAAUCAUCCGGGUAAAUUGGUGUUGAGGCAUGUAGGCGACGAGAGUACGGAUCAGAACAAUAACAUCACAAUGACGAGCGAGGAUUUGUUACAGCCAGGCCAUGUGGUCAAAGAACGUUGGAAAGUUAUGAGGAAAAUUGGCGGCGGUGGCUUUGGUGAAAUUUAUGAAGGCCUUGAUUUACUGACCAAAGAGCAAGUCGCUCUGAAGGUUGAAUCUGCGCGGCAACCGAAGCAAGUUCUUAAAAUGGAAGUUGCCGUCUUAAAAAAGCUCCAGGGCAAAGAUCACGUGUGUCGCUUUAUAGGCUGCGGUCGUAAUGACAGAUUCAAUUACGUCGUGAUGCAGCUGCAAGGUAAAAAUUUAGCGGAAUUAAGACGUGCGCAGCCUCGUGGUGCCUUUUCUCUGUCAACAACUUUAAGACUCGGAUUGCAAAUUUUAAAAGCAAUUGAAAGUAUUCACCAAGUGGGCUUCCUCCACCGGGACAUUAAGCCGUCAAACUUUUCUAUUGGCCGUCAUCCGUACAAUAGCCGAGUUGUCUAUAUGUUGGAUUUCGGACUUGCUCGGCAGUUCACCACUGGGACUGGUGAAGUUAGACCUGCACGUGCUGCGGCUGGUUUCCGCGGCACAGUAAGAUACGCUUCAGUAAAUGCUCAUCGAAAUAAAGAGAUGGGAAGACAUGAUGAUUUGUGGUCAUUAUUUUAUAUGCUUGUGGAAUUUGUCAACGGACAAUUGCCUUGGCGAAAGAUUAAAGACAAAGAACAGGUGGGGAUUUUAAAAGAAAAGUACGACCAUCGUUUGUUACUCAAACACCUUCCAUCAGAUCUCCGGCUCUUCCUGGAACACAUUCAGAGUUUACAGUAUGCGGAUAAACCUGAUUACGCUAUGCUGGCUGGUCUGUUUGAAAGAUGUAUGAAACGUCGAGGUGUAAAACUUAACGAUCCUUACGAUUGGGAAAGACCAUUAAUAGCUAAUGAAGGUUUGCCAACUACGAGGUCACUGCCUACAGUAACGGCACCGCCUGCCCUUACGACAGCGACGACUAUUAACCAGCCACCGACUACUCCUAAUGUAGACACAAAUAACCAAGAAAAUGUUGAGCCAGACAAUCGAAAGGAAGCAAAAAUGGACAUUGAAAGCUUGUGCAGGCUGCUAUUGGGCCAUGACGGAUCACCAGUUCCAUUUACAUCGGCAAUAAGUAAUAACCACGGACGGGAUAAAAAUUGCAAUGCAACGAUACAGAUUACGGACAAUACACAUCAGCAGGCUGGACAACAAGUUGCCUCUACUCCACCGGUUCAGGGGUCACCCAAGAAACGACGCGCCGUGUCGAUGGCUGUCGAGCCGCAGUCACCAGUUCCGCCGGUUGAAAAACCCGUUGAUAAUGAGGGCGACGCUCUGAUGGCAUCAGCUCGGUCAGCGUCGGAAGUGCCGCGUUCAAAGCCUGUUGCCAAUGCCGCUGCGCCGUUGAGGAAAUCCGCGAGCGGCGCAACCUUCGCAAGACUUCGUGUCGUCGCUCUCCCGGAGACCAACGCCACCGGGGAACCACCGAGUCCAAGGAUACAAACUGACGUUGACGCUUCCUACUGCUCUUACGAUGUUACCAAUACCAAGCAAGCAGGAAAUCAAAGCCCAGUUACGGAACAGCGUGAGCCAUUACGAAGAGAGCCCCGCAGACGCGCGAGAACAGGACGCUCGGCUAUGCGAGACUGUUCAAUAACACAAUUUGCACAAAUUGAUGAUGACAACGUAUCUGCAUUACAGCAAGUGACACGAGGCGGCGGGGGUCUCACUCUAGCGUCCCAGUGGAAGUCGCAGUUUGACGAUUCCGAGGAGACUGACAAUGAAUGGAAGGGAGAAAAUUUACAGAGUCCGGAGCAUAAAGGCGUCGCGCCGUCUAUUGUUCCUCAGUCCACAGUUGAUAGCGAAGCAGCAGCAACAGCAACUCCGGUAGCUGGGGGAUGUCAAGAGCCAAAGAGCCCGCAAGCUCAGGCUUCAACUGUGACACCCAGUGCGUCUCUGCAACAAGCAGCACUUGCUGUCCAGACGGUGCUCUCGCGAAUAAGCGAGGACUCCCCUCGGCCUGGACCCCACCACAGAUGUCUAAAUAUCACGGGAAUAGAAAAUUAUCCAGAGCUUCAAGGAGCUUUGCCAAGAGCAUGGAGCGUGCCGGCGCUGGCGUCACACGUUCGUGCUCAUCUAGAAGCACCUUUGGUCCAGCAAGCUGCAUUUGAUGAUUUGUUGUAUGAAGUCGACGUAAUGUGGAAUGUCGCAAUGCGAUACGAUGAACCCAAAGAAAGCCCGACACACAGACGUUCAAGUGUUCCAGCUAUUGAAUUUGCGUCACCAGUACUUCCAGGUACUCCAGCUGGUGAUGAAGAAGAGCAGGCUGUUGCCGGAAGAUUAGAGAUUAGGGUCGUUGAUUCCACUGGAGGAGCCACCGUUGUACAGACAACUGCAGAUAAAGAGCCACUACAAAAAAAAUUAACGAACGGCACAGCGGGUAGCCCAGCUAGUCCAAACCCCGGGCCCGAUGAGCCUUCGAUAUACUACGACGCUACAGAGAGCCGUGUGAACACAAGUAAUACAUCGGCAAAUAAACCAGUAACAGCACCGACAGGACCCAAUUCAAAUUCGGUGACACCACGUGAACCCAAAGACAAUAAAGACCGCGAUACUUCAAGGCCACACAGCGCUUACAGUAAAAUACCCGUGCCCGUUAAAAGUCCACGCUGCUCUCUGUCGGAAUCGACACCCGAUGCAAAUACUCCCAAUACUAAAACUGGUACGGGCAGUGAACUCGAUAAAUCACCCACCACAUCAACUCAAUUGAAGGAUAAAGAUGUCGCAACCAAAGGCAAACUGAUCACAGUACAUGCAACGGAGACACCUCAGCUACGAAGAUGCGCGACAUUACCGGAUGCCCGACCAAGUCCAGUUCCACCUUUGACGUCUACCAGCUCAACGGAGGACGAAAAUUUAACAGGAUGUACGCCGGCGUUGAGACGACGUCGACAAAGUGAAAAAUAUGUAACCCAUGCCAGUCAACUUAAUCUGCGAUUUCAAAGACCGCAGCGACGGAGACCCAGUUCCGAGGUCUUGUCGAAAUUCUAUCCCCGGGGUGUACCCUCGUACCUACUCGAAGCAGGUAAAAGAAACGAGGAGAGCAGUGACAAUGAUUCUGACAGCAGUGGCCCUCCAAAUACACAACCACCACCUCCGCCUUCAUCGCUGCCGCCUCAUGUGGCUGAAAAUAAUGCUAGAUGUCGAAGAUUCAGACCAGUCCCAGACACAGCGGUAGUUAGCAGAGAAUCGUGAGGGGUGGCGAUCUGAAUCUGCAUUGGUCUUGAUUCACAUAAAAAAAUAUUAAUAAUAAUAAUAAUAUUGAAUACAAACACAAUAAUAACAAAGUUCUACCACAGCCAACUAGGAAUGUGAUACCUUUUUGGAUCAAAUAAGUAUAAUAGAGCUUUUUUUAGUAACUGUUUUACAGUAAUAAUUAAUUCAUUACUUUAUUUAAAUAACUAUUAAUAACAAUAAUAAAUAAAUAAAUAAAUAAUAAUAAUCUUAAUUGGCUGGCGGGAAAUCGAAAUCUUCCCUGCGGUCACAUCAGGAGAUUGAAUGUGAAUGUCACUGUACUUAUUAAUAAUGUAUGUGGAUUAAUGCAGUGUGAUUUGUUGUAAUUAUUAUUAUUAUUAUUAAUUGUAACAGUUAUCGAAACGAGAUUGUGACGAUUGUUUCCAAUGUGGUGAUGCGUUUUUGAUUAUUUAUUUAAAGAGAGCAAGAAAGCAAAUGUUCUGACGAAGCGCACGAUCUCCAUUAUGAUAAAUUUCAAAUUUAAAUCACCAGUAAAUAUUUCAUUAAUUUAAUUAACGUAAAUAAUUACUGGAUUGUAAAAAAUGGAGUUGUCUUUUAGUGUUCUCUUAGUUUAUUUGCUGAUCGGCCGCCGGUCGUUGUAGCUGAUUGAUGGAUCUCCAAGUGAUAAACUAAAAAAAAUAAUAAAUAUGUGAAAUGUACAAAAAAAAAAAAAUACCAGACAUCUAGAAAAAUUUCACGGAUCCUCAUUUUUAAAUGCUUUAAUAGUUGAAUGGCUCUUGUGUGAAAAAAAAAUUUAUGGAACGAUGACACGAUAAAAAAAAAAUCUAUAUAUAUAAAUAUAUAAAUAAAUAUAUUAUUAUAUCUGGCCUUGUCUAUGCACUGAAAGCCAAUAUAAUCUGCGGGAAAUUAUACUACGGGAGUCUUGUUUUUAAAUAAAAUUGAAAAUUAGUUUUAUUUUAAAAUUAAAUAAUUAAAAAAAAAAACAAAUAGAUAAUUUAAAGGAAGAGCAAAUGAAAAUUAUAAGUUUUAAGACUCUUGUCAUUUAUUUACUGCAGUUCGAUAUUAUAUAUGAAGUGAAGGGGGCGGUAUCUUUUUAGAUUAAUUAAAUAAAUAGGUGUAGCCUUGAGAUCGGGGCGAGUGUGCUAGUCUUUAUAAAGCCACCAUAAAUAUUUCAACAGAAUGCAACAAUUUUUUAUUGAUUUAAAAAACAAACAAUAUUUCAAUUGUUAUUAUUAAUAUUUUUUAGUUUAUUGUAAUUUUAAUUACACUGAAUAAUUAAUUAAAAUCACAAAUUAUUCCUUGCACUGGAAUAAAUAUUUCUUUUAAUUAUUGUCUAGAUACUUGUGAUUUUAUUUAUAAGUAUCGAUUAUCGAAGGAAAGAGUUGAUAUUUCAUAGGUAUUUAAGAGACGUCAAUCAUUGAACUUUUUUUUCUUUUUUAAAUUGUAUUUGAUAUUAACUACGACUAGUAGUGACUAAUUACCAAUUAAACUAGUCACAUAAGAGCAAUGCGGUUACGUAAAAAGCGACAAAAAAAUAAUUACUCCAUUUAUUUAUUAGUAAAAAAUUAAAUGGAAUUAAUAUAUAUUAUUAUAGUGUAUGAUUUAUAUAUAUAUAAUAUACCAAACGCAAUUGUCUGUAAUUAAUGUUGACAAAAAAAUGUGUCGCUUUAAAAUUAUUUAAAAAAAAGGUGGAUUAUAAAAAAAAAUUGUAUACCAAAAAGACAAAAUGCAAUAUUAAUGUUUAUAAAAUAUAAAUGUUUAUAAUCUAUACUGAUAAUAAUAAUGAAUUAAUAGCUCUUUGUUUAUUGAUGUCUGGUGAUGAGUAAUAGACGGACUAGUGAUAAUUUGCGAUAAAUAUUAUUUAAUUGUCAUUAUAAUAAUUAAUUAAUUUAUUAAUAUCGCAAUUUUAGAUAAUCGAAAUCUAGUCACUGAGCUGAUUUAACCGCGUAAUUAACCAAGCAAUCAACUUCUCAAUUACUUAUUAAGUUAGCUAUAUAUAAUACCAAUCAAAUUUAUAAAACAAGGCUUUAAGUGUUAGCCUUAUUAAUAAUUAAAUUAAAUUAACAGAAAGUAAAAUUAUAAUCAAUUGUUUGUGCCAUGAUUAAUUAUUUUUUAAAUUAUAUCUUUUAAUUGUUUUCAUUAUUAUUAUUAUUUUUUUUCAAAUUGACACGUAAAAUAAAAUAUGUAAUAAAUUUAGACAUGUGAGUCUUUUGAGCGCGAAAAUUUUUUUGAAGACUAGAUUUUUUAAAAUCUAAAAUAAUUAUUGAUCAAUUAAUUCAACUUAACUAAUGAACCCUGAUUAAAAAUUCCGAUUUAAAUUUUUUAAUCAAAUUCUAUGGGAAAAUAAUAAAUUUUUUGUCUGAUUUCCUGUGAACUUUAAAUCGGAUUUAUUCAAAUCUCUGGGGAAAUCCGAUUGUAAUUUUUUAAUUGGAGUUUUUUAAUCAGGGAAAUUUGAAUAAACUUUCAUCAGUAUUAUGAUGAUAAUUUUAUCUUUUUAUUUUGUUUUAAACUAGUGCAAUAUAAAUUUAUUUAUAAAUAAAACAAAAAUAAUAAUAAUAAAUUGGACAGCUAUCAGAUGCAUUGAAGGCCAAAUUAAUCAUAUAUAUUAUUUGUAUAACAAUUAUUAAUUAUUAUCAGGGUACGGAAGUUUGUGCUCAACAAUAAGAAUAAAAGAAAAAAAUUUACGCAAAUUUCUAAAAGAUAUAGGGUAGAGGUACCAUUUGUGGCCACUGCUCAAUUUUUGGAAAUUUGGUACUUUAUUUUAAUUAAUGAAAAAGUAUCAAAUGAAAUUUCCAGUUUAAUAGCAGGUCAAAAGUAUCUGAAUACAUUUUAAAAAUUAAUUAUGUAAUUGCGUCUUUAAAAAAUUAUUUUAUUUAAAUUUUUCAAGUGUCCAAAACUGGGUCCCAAAGUGGCCAAAAACGGUACCUAUACCCUAUUCAAAUGUCGAGUGUCAUUAAAGCCGUUGAAAUUAAGGUUGCAAAAAAAAUGUCAAUAAGACAAUCAGCAAGAUAAUUAGCAAGACCAUCAGCAAGACAAUUGUCUUGUUCGUUGUCUUACUGGUGGUCUUGCUGAUUGUCUUAUUGAUAAAUUUUUUCACAACCUCCAUUUCAAAAUUCUUUUAUGGCGUUCAAUAUUUGAAUAAAUCUUUUAAUUUAAUUUACGAAAUUUGCUCGCGAUCGUAAUUUUGAUAUAGAGAAAUUUGGGUGAAUUCUUUUCUUUUAUUCUUAUUGUCAAGCACAAAUUUCUGUACCCUGAUUAUUAUAAAUAAUUAGCGACUGAGCAGUAUUUAUAUAUAAACAAUUAACUAAUUUAAUAAAUUAAAUUUAUUACUAUUAAUUUGCUUCCAUAUUUAUAUUUAAAACACAAUGUGCAAUUUAAUUCGCAGUUGAAUAUUAUAUUAUUUAUUUGUAUGAAACGCUUUUUAUUUUAAUUUAAAAAUAAUAUUGCACAGAAAAUAAAAAAAAAUGUCUAUUGUUUAAUAAAAUAAAAAUAAUAAACUUGUAUUCAAAAAAUGAAUAAUUAUAAAUAUUAAUUAAAUUAAUAGAUUAAAGUCAAAAAAAUGUUGCAUUCCGUUGACUAAACCGCCCAGCAUCAUUUAGGUUCUUGUACAUAUUAUAAUAAUACUGUACCGUAAUUGACUCAAUAUUUAAAUAAUUAUCACUGAAAAAUAAAAAUAAAUUAAAUUAAAAUGGAAAAUAAUUAAUUAACUGAUUAAUUAACUCCGUAACUAUUUAUUAAUAAUUGUAUCUUUUCUCCGCUUUGUGAUCUACACAAUUAUAAAUAAGAUUUUAAAAACCAAUUAUCAGUAAAUGUGAAUUAUAACCGAUUUUGAAUUCUCUUGAUCCGCAAAAAAUUUAUAAAGGAGAAGGAUAAGAAAUAAAAACAGAUUAAUAAUUAAUAUAAAUUGUAAUUAAGUCGUCCGCAAAAAAAAAAAAAAAAGAAAUAGUAAACAGAUGUCUAUGAAUAGCCGUUAGUUUAUUAUAAAAUCAUCAUUAAAUCAUUUUAAUUAAUUGGAGAGUAAUGAGAAGAUGAAACAGAUAUAAGUAAAGAAGAUAAAUAAAUAAAUAAAAUAAAAAUGAAUAGUGCUUGUAGCUUGAUACGUCAAUAAAUAAAGGAGAGUAUGUGGUUAUUGUUUUCAUAGAUUUUGGAUAAAUAACGAGAUUACUUACAGUAGUUUUUAUUUUAUUGAGCGCAAUCUUUGACGGUGUCAUUUUUUUUUCUUUUUAAUCAUCAAGUGUCAAAUGAUGCUGAAAGUACCCGACAUCUGACAGUUUUGUUGGUUUAAAUUACCUAGUAAAAUUGUCAACAGAUAAUUUUUUUAAAAAAUAUCCACAAUAAAAUUAUUGAAUAUUGCUCUCUAAAAAUGAAUUAGUGAAAUUCACUACUAAUUAGUGGAUAGUCACUAUUUUUCCAGCUGCAAGUAUACCACUAAUUUAAACAGUGAUAUAUUUGUAGCUGGUUUCCAGUGCAUAUUUACUAAUUGCAGUGGAUUUCACUAAUACAUUUUUAGAAAGUGGCUUCAUGAUUUCUAGAAGAUAUCAGUUUUGAAGCCGUUUCUUGACAUGUUAAUUUGGCACAAAAAUGUUGACAGAGAUCAGAUAUUUGUCACCGAAAAAAUGUCUAAUGACUUUACACAAGUGAGGACAAAAAAUUACUAACAACUAAGUCAUCUACACCAUUUUUUAAAUGAAAUGACUUUUUUAAGACGGAAAAAAGAAUACAAAUUUCCCAUGACUCCUAGGACUAACAUUUGAUGUCUUAUUUCCAUAAAAAAAUUUGUCUUGUCCCUUUAAGGGUUGGCCGUACCUAAUGAAAUCUCGAAUUUAAGAAUUCUAAUUACUUUUUGAAUAUUUAUGGGACUCGGAUGAUGAAAAUCUUCCGAGGAAGUUCGUUUUCUGCUUUUAGUCGGAAGCUAAGAAAAUUAAUGUUAUGAUAAUUGUUUAAUAAAUAAUUAGAAUUCUUAAAUUCGAGAUUUCGUUAGAUUGACAUCUUAAGGGUCGGCAGUACUAAACGAAUUUUCGAAUUUUACUUUUCUAAUUACGUUUUGAAUAAUUACGUCACUCGAAUGAUGAAAACCUUCCGAAAAAGUUUGUCUUUGACAUUUUUUCGGAAACUAUAAAAAUUUCUGUAAUAACAAUUGAUUAAUAAAUUAAAAGAAAAGUAAAAUUCAAAAAUUCCUUUAGUACGGCCCAGCCUUAAAUCUGUUCUGCGCUACUCAGGUCAGUUUGCUCAUUGAAAAAAAAUUUUUUUAACGACUGCUACUUAGUGUCAACCUGUCAGCAUUGUCUAAGAUUGCCUUCAAUAAAUAUAAAACAAUUGUUAUGUAACACGUUUGAAAAAAGAUAAAAAAUAGAAGAAAACUUGUGAGUGCGAAUGUAGCAGAAAUGAGACAAUUUAUAAAUUUGAAAUAAAUGAAUAAAUUAAAAUAAUGAAAUUUAAAAAAAUGCGCGUACUGAUUUUUCAUCGACUUACAGUUUAUUUGUUUAUUCAAAAAUUUAAAAAUUGACAAUUCUCAGCUACACUCACUCAUGAAAACUUGACUCGUGUUUCUCAAAACCUUUUUGAAAAUUUUCCCGCCUUGAGACUGAUAAAAAGCAUGAUAAGAAGAGUGACGUAGCAUUUGAUUUGUUGAGGUUGGUAACAUUGGAGUAGAAUCUAACCAAUCGUGUUAUUGUUUAUUAUAUCAUUUGUUUACAGGCUGAGUAUUACUUUAAAAAUAAAACAAUUAAAAAUAAAUACGCAUAAUUGGUAUAAUCCAUGUAAUUAAUAAAAUUUUAAAUUUUGAGCAACGAAUAAAAUCAUUUCAAAGCAAUCAUUUAAUUAUCGACAAUUUAUAUAUUUAUUU